AUGGAGUGGGGGGCAGUUUCAAACCUCCGGACCGGAGGGGUAAUUGCUGUAUUAAUUUUUUGCGGGGUCACUUCUUUCCACGUCGUAGCGUCGUCCGUUCCAGGAAGUUCUCCCUACAUUCCUGAACAUGAAACCGAUAUCCCGCUGGGUGAUAGUGAUGUAUUGAGUUCCCUAGACACGACCGGGUCCGGAACUCUUCACAGUGCGCCGGCGCCGCAAGAAGCAAUUGAAGAGGACCGGCAGCCAGACGGCGAUGGCAGACUAACGGCGGAGCGCGGUGCGGGCGCCGAAGUCCCCAGCACGAAGAGGUUGGUAGGAAUCGGUGUGAGUAGCGCUCUGGCGUCGGCUUUGUUCUAUCUUCUCAGCCGGGGUGCCAGACAGGCUUCCGAAAAUGCAUGGUUUGUUUGGGAAGAGGCCAGACCUGCCACGGCGUACGCCACAGUGGCCGAGGCCUUGUUGGCAGCGACUCUCUUCAGUGCUAUUGGGGGCGCUUCAGCUGUGGCACAAGGCGUCCAUAAGCGGCGGCAAGAAGCAAAGCGGAGACGGCGGGAACAGCUCCGGAAAGAGGCACACGCGAGUCUUGUCGAAGACAGGGCUUCUGUUACUGCGACCAGUGACACUAUCCCUGCACCAGAGACGGCAGAUGGUAGGAUGCCAGAGCUUGAGCUAGUUGAAGAAAACCGGCGAAGCUGGAUCAGCCCCACGCAGCGGAGUAGGGUAACCCACAAACCACCAGGAAACGCGGCAGUUGCCAGCACAUUGUUGCUAGGCCUCGCAGCCGCGGCAGGCGGAGCGGGCGUCACGCUUCAACGCCGCCAGCCGCUAAACUACUCGUCUAUUGAGGGAAAUGCACGGAAGAAUGUGGUUGCAGGUCUGUUCUUCGGCACUGCAGCUGUAUCGCUUUACCAUCUGUUCCGGCAACUCAGGGCGCGAAGAGCUGCAGCGAGAAACACAGCAGACAAAGCGUGA